AUGGCUGCUAAAGCGUGUAAGCAAUGUGGUGGAACAUCAUUUACCAGGGAAUACCACACCGCGUCAGGUGAUUUGGCGUGCACCAACUGUGGUGCUGUUCAAGAGGAGAAUCCAAUUGUCUCUGAGGUGACCUUCUCUGAAAAUGCUGCCGGAGGUGCAACUGUGCAAGGUUCCUAUGUCAGUAACGAUCAGAGUGGAGCCUCCUUUGGUAACCGUGGGUCUCUAGAGUCUAGGGAGCAGACCAUCCAAAACGGUAAAAGGAGAAUCAAGAAUGUCGCAUUAGCAUUGGGCAUACCCGAGCAUGUAUCCGAUAGUGCUCAUUCGUGGUUUAAAUUGGCAUUAACAAACAACUUUGUACAAGGUCGAAGAUCACAGAAUGUCAUUGCAGCGUGCUUGUAUAUUGCCUGCAGAAAGUUUAACACUCAUCAUAUGCUGAUUGAUUUCUCAAUAAGAUUACAAGUUAGUGUUUAUGCCAUCGGCGCCACGUUUCUGAAAAUGGUUAAAGCUUUGCAUAUUACUGGAUUGCCACUAGUCGAUCCGUCGUUAUAUAUCCAACAUUUUGCUGAAAAACUCAACUUUGGGAAGAAAACACCCAAAGUCAUAAAUGAUGCCAAAAAGCUAGCCAAAAGAAUGUCAAACGAUUGGUUAUACGAGGGUAGAAGACCUGCUGGUAUAGCUGGCGCAUGUAUCUUACUUUCUGCACGUAUGAAUAAUUUCAGAAGGUCGCAUUUAGAAAUUGUUGCUGUUACACAUGUCAGUGCCCCAACGAUCCAGCAGAGACUUCAUGAAUUCAAGAAAAGCAAUGCCUCCAAGUUGACGGUUGAAGAAUUCAAGGCUGGCAAGAAGGUGGAGGCGGCUUUGCCGCCAUCUUAUGUGAAAGGUAAAGAUAGCGAGUCCAAACUACGACAGGAACUUAAAGAGCUAGAAUCUGCAGGUGAUAAGAUGAUGAACGAUCCGGUUUUAGGGGCCAUGUUGGAAGACGCCGACAUCACCGAGGACGAAAUACAAAUGAAUAUAAAGAGAAUCUUGGACAGGAAGAAGCGUGACUUGUCCAGAAAAAUCACGAGCAAGCUAACCUUCAAAGAUGGUAGCACUUGUGUGGAAAUAGAUAACGAGAGUGGGAUUUCCAUUGAGCCUAACUACGAAUACAUAAACGAGGAGGACGAUUCCGAACGAAAUACAAGCAUGCCAAAGGGGCAAAGUGAGAUAGAAAAAAUGAUCGAAGAAAAUAAGCCUAGAAAUUUAUUGACAACAUUACCAACGACGGAGGAGAUGCUAAAAAAGAUACCUGACGACGAAGAAGAAUUGGAUAAAUUGAUUGAUGAUGAUGAACUAAACGCUCUUAUUUUAAGCAAAGAAGAAAGUGAAUUGAAGGAGCGACUAUGGGUGGGUACCAACCAUGACUUUCUUGUUGAACAAGAACGAAAGAGGCUCAAGGUGGAAACGGACAAGAUUGCUGGACAUUCCACUCAGACAAGAAAGCGCCGUAAGAAGGAAGAAAGCGGUGAGACAGAAAACAAGCAGAGUGGCUUGGGUGGGUUUGCUGGGUUUAUGCGUGCAACUAUGUCUGGGAAUUCCUCUGCUACAGACAAUGCCAAGGCUUUAUUGACAAGCAAGACAUUGAGCAAAAAAAUCAACUACAACGCAGUGAACAGUUUAUUUGAUGAUUAA